AAGGAGGAAGGAGGAAGGGCGGAUGUGAACCAGAUCUUUAGUCAACUAGACGAGUCGCUUGAUAGAUCCAGUCCGGAUCUAUGGAGAUCCCAGUCGAAGGCUCGCCUUUGUCGAAUCCGCUGGAAUGAGAGCGACUACGACACGGAUUUGGACCCGCUCAGCAGGAUGUAAACAAACCGCACGGAUAGAAUGACGAGAGGAACAAAAGAGACUCGUUAUCAGCUACUAACUAGCAGCUAAACCGGCUAACCUUACCUCACUGGGACCUCACUGCGGACUUUACAAGCCUCUUUGUUUACCAACUGACCGGACUUCUGGGUGGCCAUGGCGGCGGUGGUGAGCUACUCUCCACCGUGGUGGGUCAACCUGCUGCACCGGCUUCCCCACUUCAACCUCAUGUUCGAGCAAACCAGCAGUGACUUUCAGCCGGAGGAGUGGACGUAUCAGCAGUCCAUCCUCUUACUGGGAGGUGUGGCGCUGGUCUGUCUGGCCCUGGACCUCCUGUUCCUGCUCUUCUACUCCAUUUGGCUGUGCUGCCGGCGGAGCAAAAGGGAGGAGCAGCCGUCGGCCGACUGCUGCUGCACCGCCUGGUGUGUCAUCAUCGCCACGCUGGUGUGCAGCGCUGGCAUUGCUGUCGGUUUCUAUGGGAACGGCGAGACUUGUGAUGGAGUGAACCGGCUGACGUAUUCCCUGCGCCACGCAAACCGCACAAUCACUGGUGUGCAGUAUCUGGUUUCCAACGGUACGUCCUCGCUGAACCAGACCAUAGAUGAAAAGCUGCAGCAACUCGAGAGCCAGUACGCGCAGAAUGCAGACUACCAGUCCAUCAUCCAAAAGCUGCAGGGCCAGCUGGAUGAGCUUGUCAGACAGAUGGUGGAGAUUCCUUUCUGGGACAACACAAUCUCCCUGGAGGAGCUGGCUGUCAGGAUCGAGCUGUACGACUGGUACAGGUGGCUGGGCUACCUUGGUCUGCUGCUGUUCGAUAUCCUCAUUUGUCUGCUGGUGCUGUUUGGCCUCAUUCGAAACUCCAAGGCGACCCUCAUUGGGGUGUGCUUGUUUGGUGUUUUGGCUCUGGUGGUCAGUUGGGCCUCACUCGGUCUGGAAAUUGCCGCCUCUGUGACCUCCAGUGACUUCUGCGUGGCUCCUGACAUGUACGUAAUCCAAGUAGCAAACCAGCAUGGAGUCAUCAAUCAAGAAAUCCUCAAGUACUACCUGAGUUGCAGUUUGGACCAAACCAACCCCUUCCAGCAGAAGCUUUCUGGGAGCCACAAAGCGCUCGUUGAGAUGCAGGACGACGUGCUGGAGCUUCUGCGAUCCGCCACCGGGGAAUACAAACAGACUCAGGUGAGCUUGGAGGAGAUUCAGGGGAUACUGAACACCACUGAGAUCAGCCUUCAUCAGCUUACCGCCCUGGUGGACUGCCGCAGCCUACACAUGGACUACGUCCAGGCUGUGACCGGGGUGUGCUACGACGCACUGGAGGGCCUCAUCUACCUGGUGCUCUUCUCCUUUGUGACGGCCCUCAUGUUCAGCUCCAUUGUCUGCAGCGUACCUCAUACCUGGCACAGCAAACGGGCUGACGAGGAGAGCGACGACGGCUCCCUGGGUCGCGGCGGGAGGCAAAACCACGACAACUUGUACCGCGUGCACAUGCCAAGCCUGUACAGCUGCGGCAGCAGCUACGGCAGCGAGGCGUCCAUCCCGGCCACCGCACACACCGUCAGCAACGCCCCUGUCACCGAGUACAUGGCGCAGAAUGCCAACUUCCCGAACUCCCGCUGUGAGAACACUCCUCUGAUCGGACGAGAGUCUCCACCCCCCUCGUUGUAUUUGACUCCCGCCCACACUAACAGUGGCCACAGCUGGCAGUUAAAGCCUUCGGACAGCUCGAGGUCGUUUUGGUAACCUUCUGGUCUGCUAUGCUAACAGUACACCUCCAGCAUGCGGGCAAAGUACAUCGCUAACAGCCGAGCGGAACCCCAGAACACGCCCCCGUCGUCAUCAAACUAGCAGGAAAUGGACCUCCAAUUGCUGCCACUCUUUUUUUCUUCUAUUUUUGUUUUUUGAAAACAUCACUCCCACCUUCUCUCUGAAGUUUUUACUCUCCCAACAUCCUCGGAUCACUCCUCCUUAGCCGUUUUCCUGGCGACUUUUCACAGAAUCUUUCCUCUUACUGGAACGAACGAAGAAAAAAGACUUCAUGCGUACUGACUUGUACAUGGUAUAGUAUUCCUUUGAUACUUAGUCUUAACCCUGGUGUCGGGGACCAGUCAUCCUGCACAACUUGCAUGCAUUACAAGCCUGAAACGGAGCGAUUUUUUUUCCAGACAUUUCCCGCAGCACUGACCAGCCACAAAGCUGGGAAUUUGGAGGAUUUGAUUUGUUGCAUUGGGGAAAAAAAACAAAAGAGGUUUCUGUCAGAUGGAUGAAAAAUGUGAAUCAAAAGAGGGUUUAAAACUUGAGACUUUUUUUGACAACUACUGGAAAGCGGAACAUUUUUACAGUACUACUCAGUUUCUUGUUGUUUUUUGGAAGAUCGUCUGCCUCGCCGUCUUCAAACCUGCUCACUGCAACAACAACAACAAAAAAAACCUGCACGGCAAAAGCAAAGGGCGCUUAAAACAGUGCAGCAGUUUACAGUAAAAGACACCUGGGUGCAAGUUGAUGUGAAAUAAGCAUUUUUGUUGUUGGUAGACUUCCAAAGCUUUUGCGUCGGUAUUGCAGCGUCUCACAAAUGUGUUUUAGCAUUUUUUAACAAAUAGAUGACUACGACCACAUGUUUAUGCCAGUUUACAGACGGUGCCAAACAAACCUUUUUAAAUGUCUUAAAUGAGCCUAAUUUUUUUUUCUUUUCAUGUUUAAUGCUAUUUUUUUUCUUUGGCCGUCUUAUUAUCUUUGUGUGUCAUUGUUCAGUUACUGAAAUUUGACUUUUUUUGUUGCUUUAAAUUUGAGUGGAUUGUUUCGCUUUAUUUUAUUAGUAAAAAUGAUGUGGAUGAUAAUAGAUGUUUUCCUUUUUAAUCAGGUUUUAUACAGUUAUGUGAUCUCAAACUGUGGUUAAUGAGCUUGAACGCCGUGUUUUCAAAAUUAAAUACAUUUAACUGUAGUUCCUUUGUGUGUAAUUACACUAGCAGGCAGCAGAUGGCAGCAGAGCACUGCAUGGGUUGUGCUAGUUUGUAUUCACUUUGCUGGAUACUCACUUAAAGGGGAACUGCACUUUUUUUUAAAGUUUGGUUAUUGUUCACAAUCAUUAUGAAAUACUUGGGGACGGAUGUAUUUUUUAA